AUGGAUGUGACUUCAAACGAGCUUCUUAGAAGGAAAGCUGUUUCUGAGUCCUUUAUGAAAGGGACUUCUUCUGACGGCGAUGCAACAUUUUCUUCAGCUUCUGCUGAAAAUGUUCCCUCCCCUGGGUUGAGUUGUGCUGUGAGUGUCGGUGAGAAGAGAAAGAGGAACGAUGAUGUUGGAAUCUGCAACACUAAAAGUCCUGGUGUUGUACGUAGCAUUAGAGGAGAGUCAAAUGAUAAUGGCGAUGGAGAAAGGAGAGUCGAGUUGGUACAACCAAAGAAAUAUGAAUCUUCUUCCGGUGUGAAGUUUAUCGACUUUGAUAGGCUGAGGGAAGAAGAAAAGUUUGCAGUUGGCCAGAUCUGGGCUCUAUUUGAUACACCAGAUAAGGUUCCUAGACAGUAUGCUAUGAUCAGAAAAGUUUCAGCUCCUUCUUUUGGGCUUAGGAUCACAUAUCUAGAGCCUGAUCCUGAUGACGAGAGAGAGAUCCAAUGGUUUGAACAAGACUUGCCUGUUUCUGCUGGUAAGUUCAGACUUGGGAAUAGUCAGAACACUGAAGAUCGUUCAGUAUUCUCACAUGUUAUGCAUUGCAAUGGAGGAAGCAACUCUGGUCAUCUCAUUCUUUCCCCGAGAAAAGGUGAGACCUGGGCGUUAUUCAAGAACUGGGACAUCAACUGGUCCUCAGAGCCAGAUUCUCACCGGAAAUAUGAGUAUGAAGUUGUUGAGAUUUUGUCAGAUUACGCUGGUGGAUCUGGUGGUGUAUCUGUUGCAAUCCUGCACAAAGCAAAAGACUUUGCAAGUGUCUUCUUUCGGAUGGGAUUUGGUGAUGCAGAGGUAUCUCAGAUUCUGCCUCACAGUUUAUAUCGAUUCUCCCAUAGAAUCCCUUCUUACAAAAUGAAAAGAGUUGAGGUAAAAGGUGUGCCAAGAGAUGCUUACGAGCUGGACCAAGCUGCACUACCUGAAUCAAUGGAAGAGAAAGUCGUUCCUCCUUAUCUAUACGCAAAGCCUAAACCAGAAGCUCUCUGCGUUCGUAGAAAUGGAAAGGUUUUUCAAACUGGUCAGAUCUGGUCAUUUUGCAGUGGUAAUGUUAACUUGCCUCUAUACUACUGUAGAAUUCAGAAGAUCACUCUUAUCCAGGCGUCGGUGCAGGAACCAGAAUUUAAGAUACAAGUAUGUCGGUUAAAGGCUAUGCCUUUCCCUGAGGAUGUCAUCCAGUGGGAAGACAAGAAAAUGCCUGUUGGUUGUGGAACUUUCUGGGUGUAUAAGAGUCCUUUAGCGUUCUCUCCAGAUGAUGUUGUACAGCAGGUAGUGCCUCAGAUCUCCAUGGACGGCAACGAAUAUACCAUUCUGCCCAAGAUUGGGGAACUGUGGGCGAUUUACAGAACCUGGGAUCCUCAGAUCACUUUCUCUGAAUUGGAAAACAAGCACAUGGACUUUGACAUUGUGGAGGUUCUUGGUGACGCCUUGGAAUAUAAGGUUUUAGCGCUGGAGCCCGCAUUGCUUUCUCAUGAAGAUGUAAAGAAAAAGUUUUUUUCAAGAGCAGCUGAGCGUAAGCCCUCUCAUCAUCGUUGUAACGAUGAGGAUGGGUCGGAAGUGAUAUUUACAAUCCCGAAGUCGAAAAUGCUCAGAUUCUUGCAUCGGAUUCCCGCUUCCCGAGUAACCAAGAAUAUAGACGGAGAGAUGAAAGAGCUUUUUGAAGUUGAUUCCAGAGCAUUGCCUUAUUUGGGUAAGUAUUGA